AAUGGGAAAAAAAGAGGAGAGAAGCUGCUGGGAAGGCAGGGGUAAUGACAGCUGCAAUCAAACAGACAAAAGGGAACACGCACGCUCAACGUCGGAUUUUGAGCGGCAGACAUUUUUGCUCUUCGUCCCGAAAGAGGAGAUGUGAGUCGGGUGAAUUCGACAGAAAUAUGACAUUUCCCAUCCAUGGGGAAUUGAGGUAUUUGAGCUGCACGGGGCGGGGUAAUGCCUAAGUUCCGGUGGAGCGAGAGCAAAGCGACCACAGCCAAAUGGGUUCCAGACGGAUUUUACCGGGCGCGGCUGCCGACGCACUGUUUGUACGCCCGGGCUGGAUAAGUUUUUUAGGGGUACGGUGAACGAAACAUACUGCAGACGGACUGGGGACACGGCAGACAGGGGACACGUUUUGUGGCGCCCCUCUGCCCCCUGUCCGUCAAAACGAUGAGGACGCUAUUAGCAUUCUGUUGUCUGUGCUUCGUUACUGGAGGAGCGGACCAUACAACAGCAGACAGGUCCACGGCAAACAACAACGAGGAGAGCGUGACGGCCGACAGCAACAGAAGGUAUCUGAACAUUGGAGAUGGGACGUCUCAUGAAUUUGAGUUUCCCGAGAACACGAAAGGCGUGAUUGUCAUAUCAAGUAAGUACCGGAGUGCGGCGAGUAGGAAGGGCCGCGAAAGCUGGCGGCAAACAGUGCGGGUGCGCUCUUUGGACCCAGAUGUGCUUUCCAUUUUGAACGUUACCGACAGCGGACACACGGGACCUGUGAGGAGUUACAUUAUCAGCAUUCGCUCAGGUCUCGCAGGCCUGGCUCCGUUGCGCAUUCAGCUCAUAGACCUGGACCAGAACUCCAACCCGGUUCUGAUUGAGGAACGGUCGGAUUACACCAUCAGAGUGGCGCCGGGAGCCGAUGACCCCUCCACCCGGCUUAUCCAGUCGGGUGGGCUGUCCCAUUUCUCAGAGAACCCGGUGCUCUUCGCCCUCUUGCCACUUAUAUUCAUCAACAAGUGUGCUUUCGGUUGCAAGGUGGAAGUGGAGGUGCUCAGGGGGCUGCUGAAGAGGCCUGUGCCACUGCUCUUGGGUGUGGUGGGCCAGUUCCUGGUCAUGCCGUUGUAUGCCUACAGCCUGUCCAAGCUGGCCUCCCUGCCCAAGGCCCUGGCCCUUGGUCUAGUCAUCACCUGCUCGGCUCCGGGCGGUGGUGGAGGCUACCUCUACAGCCUGCUGCUGGGUGGAGAUGUGACGCUGGCCAUCUCCAUGACGCUGGUGUCCACGGUGGUGGCAGCGGCGGCCAUGCCUCUGUCCUCUGCGCUGUACGGGCACCUGCUGGGGGUCCACGCCGCCCUGCACGUGCCCUUCGUCAAGAUCCUGGGCACCCUGCUCUUUAUCGCCAUACCCAUCUCCCUGGGCAUGCUGGUGAAGCUGCGCAUGCCGGCGCUGACCCGCGUGCUGCUGACACUCAUCCGGCCUUUCAGCUUCGUCCUGAUCGUGGGCGGCAUCUUCAUGGCCUACCAGAUGGGCGCCUCCAUCCUGGCGCACGUGCGGGGCCCCCAGAUCGUGGCGGUGGGGGUGACGGUGCCGCUGUUCGGCCUGGCGCUGGGGCUGUGCAUGGCGCGGGGCGCCGGCCUGCCCCUGCCCCAGAGGAAGACGGUGGGCAUCGAAGUGGGCGUACAGAACAGCCUGCUGGCCCUGGCGGUCAUGCAGCUGUCCUUCCGCAGGGAGGAGGCCGACUUUGCCUCCCAGGCCCCCUUCAUCGUGGCCCUCAGCAGCACCUCCGAGAUGCUGCUCACCGUCCUGGCACACAUGGCCUACCGACGGCUCUGCUCAUCCUCCAGCUCUGCCAGCAUUGCCGCCCAGACCGGGGCCUGAUUGUAUUGUUUUGUUAAAAGCCAGCAGAAAAAAAACUUGCUAAGGAGCUCAGAGUGGACCCCACAGGUGUCAAUCCCAGCUUCAUAAACUAAAGGCCCUGCAACAAAUUUGGUCAAACAACCAGCUCUGAAUCAGCUGCUCGUAAUGGUCUCUCAAGACAGGUAGACCAGUUUACUGAAGUCACCUGUGUUGGGAGGAAAACGUGGCAGGGUUUUUACUUUUGAAACAGGGUUUUGACACCUCUGAGUGGGCCUCCGCGUCCUUCGACACCCCCUGCCUAUGGGGGGCGUUUGUGUCAGAAUGGAAUUGCCAUCAUUGGAAACAUUCUACAACAAGUCUGUGUAAGAAAUGUGCGUACACAACCAAGCCACACUGCUCACAGAGAACAGUGCCUGGGAAUUUGACUGUGAUUAUUGCUUUUUUGUCUUGGAAAAAAAAAAACCAAAGGCCUUUUUUCCUAUCCUGGCC